GUAUAACUUAAGGAAACGUUUGAUUGUAUGAAACGUAUUGUGAAUGCAAUUGAGUUUGUGUUGUAUUUAACGGCAAUUUAAUUGAAACCCAAUUGCAGUCAAAGUUUGCUUACAUUUUGUGUUCAAAUAAUGGCUUCAAAUGAGUUGUUUUGGUUCAGAGGAAGUGUCAACGAAGCCAUCAUUAAGUCGAAGAAUGAGCGCAAAGUCUUCAUUGUCUUCAUCAACGGAACUGAUGACAUCUCUGCCAAAAUGAAUGGUCUCUAUGAGAGUCUGUCGCAGAAGUUGUCUGAACUACCAUUGGUUGCCAUCAAACUGGAGGCACAAUCAGAUAAUUGCAAACUUUUCUCCCAAAUCUAUCCAGUGAUAGUGAUUCCGAGCACUUAUUUCAUUGACUCGAAUGGCGUUGCGAUCGAAAUCAUCGGCGGUUCCGUUGAAGACCAAAACGUUUUGUUGGAAAAAAUCAACAAAUCUAUUGAUAUCUAUAAACAAAGUUUGUCUUCAAAUGCCACCAAAAAUAUCGAUAAAAGCGAGACCUCUGUAGACAAGCAAAGAGUUUCCAAAACACCACCAAAAGAGUCGACUCCAGAACCUUCGGUGGCGUCGCCUUCUGCGGCAUCGAGUAGUUCCACGUCUUCAGCGACUACUACUUCGCCGGAGUCUGAGAGGCCAUCACUGGACGCAAAGGUGGAGCGCGCGAACCAAUUGAUUGAAGCGCUCCGACAGAAGAAGGCUAAGGAAGAGGAGGAGAGGGAAAGAGCCGAUGAAAUUGAGAGACGAAAAGGUGUGAAAGAAAUGUUGUCCUCAAAGCGUCAGAGAGAAGACAAAGAGGCCAUGGAUUUGGUUAAAGAGAGGGAACGCGAGAAGAGGGAGGAGAGGGCGGCCCGGGAGAGGGUUUUGGCGCAAAUCGCUGCCGACAGAGAAGAACGAAGGGCUCGAAACAUGGCGUUCACUGAACCGAAAGCCACGCAAAGCAAUGACGCGGACUCUGAAAGCAUACAACAAGAGGUUCGCCAAAGAAUUGACACAAAGGCUCGCAUUCAACUCAGACUUCCCGACGGCUCCACUCGAAACAAUGUCUUUGAGGCCAAUGACACACUCGAAAGUGUGCGACAAUUCGUGAUAACAAACCUCAACAUAAGAGCCUUCACUCUCGCGACUCCAUUCCCGCGAAGAGAGUUCGCAACCGAUGACUACAGUCAGACAUUACAGCACUUAUUAUUAUCUCCCUCUUCGGUCUUAAUAGUGGUUCCGAGUUCUGGUUUGGUUCCGAGCUCUCGAGCCCUUAGUUCGCAGUCGUUUGUGUGGCAAAUGAUCACAUCUCUGAUCAGUCCGUUUACUCUGGUCUGGAAUCUAGUGAACAGAUUCUUUGGGUCCAAUCCUAACGUAUCGAACGAAUCGAAUCGAAAUGAGCCGACAGUUAGCAGAAGUGCCGCCGAAAAGAGGACAACAAAAGGGUUUUACAACAAAGACGGCAAUAUCGCCAGAAUGAGGGACACCGCCGACGAUGACUCCGACGACACCAACACUUGGAAUGGAAACUCAACACAACAAAUAGUGUCUGAGUGUCUGAGCUCUGAACCCAUGACUAACUCGACUCCUGAGCCCAACACCAGUCCUGAUGGUGACAGUGAGGACACCGAUCACAUGGACCACAACCACCACAAUGACGAGGAGCAGCACAUGGAGAUGCAGGCGGACCAAGAGGUGCAGCAAUUGGACCAACAGAUUGAAGAGUUGACUCAAUUGGACACCAAAUUGGAUCAAAUCAGUCACUUCUUGGACAAAAUCGAGGAGAAGAAUGAGUCCUUAAGACAACAAAUCAAUAGUUUUCUAAACGAUAUUAAAGAAGAGAAUUCCGUUAAGAAUACCAAUAACCAGAAGAAUAAUUAAUGUAUCCGUUGAGCUGUUCCACACAUUAUCCCAGAAAUCAUUCAUUUAGACAAUUAAGACAAUUAAGACAUUA